CACAUGCGAGAGUAACACACUGAGGAGACUACGACAAAGAGGAGACUACAUCAGCGACCAACAGGUGUUCAACAUGACUCAGCAGCUCAACAAUGAAGAAGGGACCACAUUGUUAACUCCUCAAAAGGCAGCUGGAGAGCCUAGAAGUUCAAAGAUAUCUGCGUCUUUUAAUUUCAUAAAUUCCAUUAUAGGAUCUGGAAUAAUUGGUUUACCCUAUGCAUUGAACCAGGCAGGGCUCCCCUUAGGCCUGAUGCUGCUGGUAGCGGUUUGUUUCAUUGCAGACUAUUCAAUCAUCUUACUAAUUAAAGGAAGCAACCUGUCAGGGACAAACAGUUAUCAGUCACUAGUGCAAAGCACGUUUGGUUUCCCAGGAUUUGUGAUUUUAUCUGGCCUGCAAUUCCUGUAUCCUUUCAUUGCAAUGGUUAGCUACAACAUCACGACUGGAGACACACUGACCAAAGUAUUUCAGAGAAUACCAGGAGUUGGUCCAGAUCACAUACUUGCAGAGCGUCACUUUGCGAUCUUGCUAUCAACCAUUGCUUUUACACUACCUCUGUCACUUUAUCGAAACAUUGAGAAACUUGGGAAGGUGUCCUUCAUCUCAAUGGUGCUGACAUUUGCCAUCCUCAUCAUUGUAAUCAUCAGAGCAGCUACCUUGGGACCCCAGAUCCCCCCUACAGAGAAUGCAUGGUCAUUUGCAAGGUGGAAUGCAAUUCAGGCCGUUGGUGUGAUGUCCUUUGCCUUCAUAUGCCACCACAACAGCUUUCUAAUCUACGGUUCUCUGGAGCAGCCCACACUGGCUAACUGGUCCCGGAUCACUCACAUGUCUGUAGGCUCCGCACUAAUAAUCAGUGCUGCAUUUGCUGUUUCUGGCUAUACCACCUUUACCGGCUACACACAAGGAGACGUAUUUGAGAACUACUGCAGAAAUGAUAACCUGGCAACAUUUGGUCGCUUCUGUUUUGGCUUCAGCAUAAUAACCACAUUUCCACUGGAGUGUUUUGUUACACGAGAGGUGUUAUCCAAUGCCAUUUUCAGAAGGGAUUUGUCAAAAGUAGAACAUGUGGCAAUAACAGUUGUCAUAGUUGGAGCCUGUGCAUCUAUAUCUUUGGGCUUUGACUGUCUGGGAGUUGUUUUGGAGCUGAAUGGUGUUCUGAGUGCCACGCCUCUGAUCUUCAUCAUACCAGCUGCGUGCUUCCUCAAACUAUCCCCUGGCCGCUGGUUCCAGGGUGAAAACUUGAUACCCACCAUCUUGAUAGUAGUUGGCUUUUUUGUAAUGAUCACCGGUUUGACCAUGACAGGCCUCUACCCUCAAACAUGUUCACAUGGCAUGGAGAUGUUCUACUGUGCAGACGCAAAUGUCUCUGUCACGGCACCACCUGUAUAAAAUACACCUUAUGUACCUUAAACAAUUUGUUUACAACAUGUGGCAAAAUAUAUGUACCUUUUAUGUAUUUUAUCUGGAGUGCUUUUUCAUGAUUUGGACAAAUGUUAAUUAAUUCUACUCAAGGGAAUAACGUUUUAAAUUUGAACAGAUUAUCAGGGUUAGGCGUAAUGUUGAGAUGUCCACAUACUUUGGUCAUAUUUUAAGCGUGAUGUUUUUAGUGUUUUUCAUGUGAAUUAAUAAUCUUUGUGUUUUGA